AUGUCAGACUCGCAAGAUUCCUCCUACGCAUCGCCGCCAUUUGAUCAUGAGAAGGCGGACGUGAUUUUGCGGUCAUCCGACAACGUAGAUUUUCGCGUCUUCAAGUUGUUCCUGUCCCUUGCAUCGCCAUUCUUUGAAACCCUCUUUGAUCUUCCCCAACCGUCAGAAGAGAUGAGUACGGAUGUGGAGAUCAAGGACGGACUACCUGUCAUCCCUGUCUCAGAGGACGGCAAGACCCUUGAGCCACUCCUCCGUUUCUGCUAUCCCUGCACUCUGGCAGACGAUCCCCCUCUGGAUGAUUUUAGAGACGUCAUAAACGUACUCGAAGCGGCCAAAAAGUAUUCCCUCGACGCAAUCGCGAGGACUAUAUGCAAAUCUCUGUUCCUCCCGAAGAUUUUGGAGAGAGAUUCACUUCGCUGCUUUGCGAUUGCAUGCCGCGCUCGUAUGCAAGACGAAUGCAUUCUCGCUGCCAAAUACUCGCUUCGGGAGCCUUUGAUUCCGACGUGGUUCGAGGAAAUCGAGCUGAUUACUUGUACUGAACUCCUUUCGUUAUUGACGUAUCAUAAAAAGUGCGGCGAUGCCGUUCAGGCAUUAAAGGCCGACUUCUCUUGGUUCACAGCGGCGUAUCCUCAGUGGACUGCCGCCCCAUGGAUGGUCGCAAUGGAGUCCAAUGGAAACAACUGUGCAUGCGCUCGGUCAACGUCGAAACGAUUUACGCCAGGCGGAUAUACAAGUGCUCAGUGGUGGGAGGCCUUCAUGGACUCCACCUUCCUGGACUUGCGCGACCGGCCUUGCGUAGAAACUAUCCGGGAAAAUGUCGAAAAGGCCAUACAAGCAGUCCGACAACGUAAUUGCCGUUACUGUUCUGCAGCGGCACCUGGAGGCAUGCGUGACUUCGGGGCACUCUUUAUUAACAAAGCCGAGGAAUUAAUCGCCAAGGUCGAGCCAGACCUGAAGUUUUGA